AUGGCUCUAGGAGAGAUUCAUCCUUACCGGAAAUCAACUGAAGGUUCAUCCAGAAGUGGCCAUUCCAGAGGACAGAAGUGGAAUCGAAUAAAUGAUGCAGAAAGAAAACAAAAACAGGAGGAGCCUAGGGGCGGUGUGGGAAGGAGGAUCGGCCAACCCCGGGGUGUGGGACUGAGGGUGGUUGCUGUAUACGGAACUUUGUCGGACUUGCUCUCAGUAACCAGCAGUAAACUCGGCAUAAAAGCCACCAGUGUAUAUAAUGGGAAGGGCGGCCUGAUUGAUGAUAUUGCUUUGAUAAGGGAUGAUGAUGUGUUGUUUGUGUGUGAAGGAGAACCAUUUAUAAAUCCUCAGACAGAUGCUAAACCACCUGGAGGAUUGCUAGGAUCCCACACAGACUGGCUCACGUUAAAUGUAGGAGGACGAUACUUCACAACAACAAGGAGCACUUUAGUGAAUAAAGAGCCUGACAGUAUGCUGGCGCACAUGUUCAAGGACAAAGGUGUCUGGGGAAAUAAGCAAGAUCAUAGAGGAGCUUUCUUAAUUGACCGAAGUCCUGAGUACUUUGAACCUAUUUUGAACUACUUACGUCAUGGACAGCUCAUUGUAAAUGAUGGCAUUAACUUACUGGGUGUGCUAGAAGAAGCCAGGUUUUUUGGUAUUGACUCACUGAUUGAACACCUCGAAGUGGCCAUAAAGAAUUCCCAACUACCAGAGGAUCAUUCACCAAUAUCCCGAAAGGAAUUUGUUCGAUUUCUGCUGGCCACUCCAACCAAGUCAGAGCUGCACUGCCAGGGUUUAAACUUCAGUGGUGCUGAUCUUUCCCGUUUGGACCUUCGAUACAUUAACUUCAAAAUGGCCAAUUUAAGCCGCUGCAACCUCGCACAUGCAAAUCUCUGCUGUGCUAAUCUUGAACGAGCUGAUCUUUCUGGAUCAGUGCUCAACUGUGCAAAUCUUCAGGGAGUCAAGAUGCUCUGCUCAAACGCAGAAGGCGCAUCCCUGAGGCUCUGUAAUUUUGAGGAUCCUUCGGGUCUUAAAGCCAACUUAGAGGGUGCUAAUCUGAAAGGUGUGGACAUGGAAGGAAAUCAGAUGACAGGGGUUAACCUCAGGGUUGCCACCUUAAAAAAUGCGAAACUCAAGAACUGUAAUCUCAGAGGAGCAACUCUGGCAGGAACCGAUUUAGAAAACUGUGAUUUGUCGGGGUGUGACCUCCAGGAAACCAACCUGAGAGGCUCCAAUGUGAAGGGUGCCAUAUUUGAAGAGAUGCUGACACCAUUACAUAUGUCCCAGAGUGUCAGAUGAGAGUGGCAAGAGCUGGAGGAAGAUGUCCCAGAUGGAAACCUUUCCUUAUUUUAUUUCUCCAUCCUUCGAGUUGUCUAGUGGAGAUAAAAUUGUAAGGGAAUUUAAGGCAUAUGCUUGUUCCCAGA